AUGAAACCAUUCUUACCACUCAAUGUUAAUGAAAACAUCCCCAGUGACAAAAUCGAUUCCUAUAUCUCUUACAUGUCUCAAGUCUACAACGUGCAAUAAUAUAUGCUGAUUCAGGCUUAAAAUUAGAUCAUGCAGGCUCAACUACUGAAAUUGUAAAGUGGCACUGUUAAUCAGAAUGCCCUUUUAUAACAAAAAGCAGUAUAAUUGUCAGAACAGAUUAUAUCAAAAGGAGUACAGAUUUCCACAAAGGACUUUAUUCCAUCUUCUAAUAUGCCAAUUCUGGCCAAAUAUAUAGCCAACAUAUAUAUUUAUCUAAUGAAAUAAUGCUCAUCGGAUAAUGAUGAAGUCACAUUGAAUUACAUAAAGGACCCCAAUUCGAUUGUUAUUGAUUAGAAGCUAUGGGAUUUAAUAUGUGAGAUAAUCAGUAAAAAGUUAGUUUGUCUCAAAGCCAAUGAUAUAAUUUGCACUAAUAAUUCUUAAAUUGGAAUUGUUAGCUAAUCUUUGUUAUUUAGCAGUAUCAUAAGGAAAGUAAUCUUCAAGAAAUUGCAUGGAAAUGCUCAAUAGAUAAACUUUUAAACUUUAAAUGAUUUAUUGGGAUAGGAGAACAGAUCGGAUGAAUUCUUAUACAAAUUCUUAUGUGAAGAGGACAAGAAUACUAUGACUAGAUAGUCUUGUUAGAUAGCAUUAGAAAAGAUGUUCGAAAAAAGCAAUUAGUAUUUUCAUGAAUCAAAUCUGAUUGAGUAAAUUAUUGAGAACUAAGGAUAAUUUAAUAUUAAUGGAAAUUUUGAGUAUCAUGCUGAAAAGUACUUGAGCAUAAUCAAAAUAUAUUAGAAUUCUGAUUAAACUAAAGUGAUUGAAUAAUUGAUCAAUGGGUUAUUCAUGAAUUAAUAGUAAAUUGAUGCCAAGUAAUUCAUAUUCAAUUCCAAUCAACUUGAGGAGAAACUCAAAAAAAUCCUAUUUAUGUUUGUAGAUAUAGUAAGAAUAGAGAAUUCUAUAAUUUCGAUAGUAUUGGAAAAUAAAAUAUCUGAAGAGCCCUAGAAAAACCCUCUUGAAUAUUAUGCCAAACUGAUUGAAAGAAUAAAGAAUAAAUGUAGAAGUAGAGAGGAUGAGUUUUGUAAUUGUAAAAGGUGUUUGUGUGUUAAGAGAAACCGAGAUAGUGCAAGAGAAGCAUAGAAAAGGAAGAGAGAAGCUUUGGAGAAGAUUGGCCCACUUUAGCAGGAGUAUGAAAAGAUAAAUAAGAAGGUUUAAUUAUUAUAAUUUGAUAAUUCAAAAUUGAAGGCAGCGUUUUUUGAAGCAUUAAGGAACCCAGUAAUAGAAAAUAUAAUAAAAACGCAAUAUCAAAAUGAAUUUUCUAAUUUAGCGAUUAUGAUGUAAUAAGAGUCCUAGGAUAUAUAAAAAGAGGAGUAUUAAUCACAGUCCUGA